ACCACAAAACAAACGGUAUGAAAAACGUGAUGGAGCAAGUUACCAUCAAAUGUCUUCUACCUACAUUCAGUUUCAUCCACGUUGAGCAGUAGUUUGAUGUAGGAUAAGAGAGUGAUGGUGAGGCGUGAGGUCGGGGCUGGAGUUACUAAGUAUUGUCAUGGAGAGGAGGUCAUAAAAACGAGUCAGCCAUGUUAAUCUCAGAGUAAUCAACUUAUUUGACUAGAUGCAAGUCUGCUUGCAGCGGUAACAACGAUGUAUGCUUGACAAAUAAGAGUCGAAGAAAACAGAAGUAUUCCCUCCCCCUUACUUGCUUAAUAAACACAGACGUUCAGUGGAGCAGUGUAAGUGUAAUUCUCUAGGCCUGACAAAACAGCACAUGACAAGACAAAGUGAAUUUCCAUAUCUUCAUGCGAAAGACCCGCUGGGCGAGGUUGUUUGUCUUCUGGGUUGACAGGUCAUCUCACAUAGCUUUUCAUGUGGACUAGCCCCUCGCGAUUCGAGGGCUUCUAACACAGCUUUCUCUCCGUUCUAGAACUAACGUUGUUGACAAUUAGCAGACAUUAGCAGCUCCCUAUCAUCGUAUUCUUCAAUCCCUGAUACGAAAGUAUUGUUAUUUCCACUCCAUUUUCAGAGAAGAGCGAUGAGAAGAGACUUUAAAGACAGCUGUUGUGAUUACUGUUAGAAGAUGUUUUGAGGAGGUGAAAAGACAGCACGAAAUGAAAACACCUAACGUGAUCAUGGACAAUGGCAUAUGUAAAUCCAGAAAACGGAGGAUAUGCGAGGCAGUGCUUGUGGUCGUCUCACUUACGUGUCUUCUAGUCCCAUGCCAUGCGGCUAUCGAUGGACAUUGCAUCACAGACGCCAACUGCCCACCGAACUCUCAGUGCAGACCUCGUGGAUGUGACGGGUAUGUGUGUACCUGUAAAGUGGAUUACGUGCCCAGCAUGGACAAAGAAAAGUGUCAGCGGGCCAUAAAGGUGGGGGAGAUAUGCAGUCUGGAAGACCGCUGUUUGUCUCGGAUGGCGAAAUGCAUCAACGAGCAGGCCAACAACGCCUCGUCCACACGCAGGUGCACGUGUGAAAUUUACUUCCGAACAGUAGAAUCUCAGCAGACAUGCACUUUUCCUGAAAAAUUGGUGAUUGGGGAGGCAUGUGCGUUGUCCACUGAAUGCGCCGACCCGCAUGCUUUAUGCAAAAACGGAGAGUGCACAUGCAAAGAAGGGAUGCGAAAGAAGACUCAAGAGGAAUAUUGGGUGAAACCUCAAGAUGUCACUCUGUGCGUGAUAAGCAACUACCAGCUAAGAGAAUGCAAUGGAACAGAGGUAACUCCUGCCCCUCCACCCGCACCCAUAGCUGCUGGCGAACCGUGCACGGCGAAGGGUCAGUGUGUGGCCAAUGCUGAGUGCACAGACACGGUGGGUGGAGUGUGCAAGUGUGGAGCGGACUACUACAACGACCAAGGAGUGUGCAACAAACGUCGUCCUGCUGGAAGCGCGUGCUUCGGGUCUGGUCAGUGCGUGGCGAACUCAGACUGCUCCUCGACCAUGGGCGGCACGUGUGAUUGCAUGUCUGGUUACUACGAAAAUGGCGGCGUCUGUGUAGAAUCCAUAAGGCCUGGAUUUCCGUGCACGAGUUACGGGCAGUGCGUGACAUUUGCUGAAUGUGACCUGGGUAAAACAAACUUGUGUGUGUGCAUCGAAGGCUACUGGAAUAACAAGACAACGUGUGCGGAGGCGAUCAAGGCGGGACAACCGUGCGGCGGGUUUGAGCAGUGUAUUGCCAAUGCCGAGUGCACGACCAACACUGGCGGCACCUGUGAUUGUAAUCAAGGCUUUUUCAAUGAUCGCGGAUACUGCAAGCCCGUGAAGCCUGCUGGACAGUCUUGUACUGGGAUGGCCAGUGCGUCGCUAACGCUGAGUGUAAAGGUUACAGAUGCGUUUGUAAAUCUGGCUACUUCAGCAACAGUGGCAGCUGUGACCCCGUCAGGUCAGCGGGAGAAGCGUGCACGGGCAGUGGCCAGUGUGUCGAGAACGCCGAGUGCUCGUCGUCGUCCGGUGCCGGCGUAUGCAGGUGUAAAACUGGCUUCUAUGACGUCACGGGCAGCUGUCGGAGCGAGAUUCCGGCUGGGUACAGCUGCACGGGGCCCGGUCAGUGCGCCGCCAACUCCCAGUGCCAGAACAAAGUGUGCACGUGCUACGAGGGCUUUGUGGAGCGUGACGGUGCGUGCAAGCUACAGACGCCGGCAGGCCAACAGUGUACAGCAACAGACAUCUGUGUGGCCAACGCUCGCUGCUCUGUGUCUGGAUCUUGCGAAUGUAAUACCGGCUUUUUCAAUGACAAGGGUGCGUGCACCCCACUAAAAAAGCCUGGCGAACUUUGCACUGGUCCAGGCCAAUGUUUACCUAACGCCCUGUGCUCUACCAACGACAGUAUGUGUCUCUGUCGAUCGGGGUUCUUCGCCAAGAACGACCAAUGCUUCCCCCAAAAGCCUGUAGGGGACGCAUGCGA